AGAGAGAGAGAGAGAGAGUUAAAGAGCAACUCUCGUUUCUCGGGCCAUCAGUUCACGAAUAUCAAGGAAAUUAUUUCUUUUAUCCUUCCAUUAUUUUUUUAAUUUAUAAUUUAUUUGUGCACAUUGUUUUUUCCUCUUAAUUAUUUUUAUUUUAUUUUCUCCUUCUGUUAUACAGUCGUUGUUGUUUCCUUGCUUUCUUCACAUAUAUGAGAAGACUAAAACAUUUACAAAUUUUAAUGGAUGCUUUGACCCUUGCUCUCUUCAUUUUAGUAAAAUCUCUUAAACAAAACAAAACAAACCCCUCUAUUUUGGGAUUGCUUGUGUUGAGGGAUAGAGUUUUUAGCAUAGCUUAAAAAAGGUUCCUUGAGAAGGGGUUUCAUGGGUUGAACUCAGAGUAAUGGGAAGUUUGAGUGAAGAAGAAUACCGAUUUUUUGAUGCCAAUGAAGACAUUGCAUCAAUUUCUGAUGCAAAGUCUGAUAGCUUUGAGAUAUUUGAUUCUCAUUCUAGUUUUCACAACUCUGUUUCGAGUAGUCUUCACCAUGAACUAUGGAUUAAGAGCCUUGGAAGUGUUCAGGAGCACCGGAGUAAGUUCUUUGAUUUGAUGGGAAUUGGUUUAAAUGAAAAUGGGAAUAGGAAUUUAGAAGCAUUAAGUCCAGAAGGAGAGAGUGAUAGGAUUCCAGAAAGCAGUGGGGCUGUAUUGAGAAAGUCAUGUUUCGAAGAUGAAUUUUGCUCUACUCGGUCUAUGAUGUCAUGUUGGUCUAAUGGUGAAUCUAGUUUGUCAGCGGAGUUGGGUUUGUUGGGGAAUUUUGUUUGCAGAGAAGGUGAUUCAGGCGGGGGAAUGAUGUGCGAAGGAGAUGAAUUGGGGCAAGAUGUGAAAGCAAAUGAAGGUUGUGAAGUGGACUCAGAACAGUCAGUACCAGCUGAGGAAUCUGAGAACAUCUCUGAGUCUUCUCCCUCAUUUCAGAAACCUAUGCGGAAUGAAGUUGGGGAACCAAAUACUAUGGUGGAUACUCCGAGAAGGCUUAAGAAGGGGUGGUUGAGUAGAAUACGUUCCAUUUCAUGCAUUGUAUAUAGCCUACGGGAAGCUGACAAAUUGAGACAUGAUGAUGAUGAUGAUGAUGAUACACUUCUGCGGUACAGGGUACAAAGAGUUAAGGUUCACCGAUAUGGGAAGCGAAUAAAGGAACUCUCGGCUCUUUAUAAAGGACAAGAUAUCCAGGCCCAUGAGGGUUCAAUUUUGACCAUGAAAUUUAGUCCUGAUGGGCAGUACCUUGCAAGUGCUGGUGAGGAUGGGGUUGUGCGUGUCUGGCAGGUCCUGGAGAGUGAGAGAUCAAAUGAACUUGACAUUCCAGAAAUAGAUCCAUCCUGCAUAUACUUCACGGUGAACCAAUUAUCCGAGUUGAAACCCCUCUUGGUUGAAAAAGGAAAGACGGCCAAAAUGAGGAGCAUGAGGAAAACAUCAGAUUCUGCAUGUGUCAUUUUCCCUCCAAAAGUUUUCCGGAUUUUGGAGAAACCAUUGCAUGAGUUCCAUGGGCACAGGGAAGAGAUCUUGGAUCUCUCAUGGUCCAAAAAUAAUCAGCAUUUACUAUCAGCUUCAGUUGACAAAACUGUCUGUCUAUGGCAAGUGGGACGUGACUGUUGCCUCAGAGUUUUCUUACACAGCAAUUAUGUAACCUGUGUUCAGUUUAACCCUGUGGAUGAUAAUCACUUCAUGAGUGGUUCAAUUGAUGGAAAAGUCCGCAUAUGGGCAGUUAAUAGUUGCCAAGUUGUUGAUUGGACUGAUAUAAAAGAUAUCGUUACGGCAGUGUGUUAUCGUCCAGAUGGGCAGGGAGGGAUCGUUGGCUCUCUGACUGGAAUCUGUCGCUUUUAUAACAUGUCAGUUUCACCAGGUUCAGACAGUUACUUGCAACUUGAUGCUCAGAUAUGCUUACCUGGUAAAAAGAAGUCACCUUGCAAAAGAAUAACUGGCUUCCAGUUUUCCCCACAAGACUCAACCAAAGUAAUGGUGAGUUGUGCUGAUUCACAAGUCAGAAUUCUUCAAGGACUUGAUGUGAUAGGCAAAUACAAAAGCAAUACAGCAAACCAGAUAUCUGCAUCUUUUACUUCGGAUGGAAAGCACAUUAUCUCGGCUUGUGAGGAUUCCAGUGUACAUUUGUGGAAUUACAUUGAUCAGGAACAACCUGCUACUCCUCAAUCCAAAAAAUCAAGGUCUUAUGAGCAUUUCUCUGCCAAUGCAUCUGUUGCUAUACCUUGGUGUGGAUUGAAAUGUGGGAGCUUAGAUAAUGGAUGGGGUUUUCGUGUCUCUGACAAUAAUUCACAGGAAGUUCUGCCUCUUUCUUCUCCAGCUCAUUUUUCUCUGAGUCAAGAAUAUUUCUCAGAAUCUUUUCCCAAGGGUUGCGCUACUUGGCCAGAGGAAAAGCUUUCUUCAAGCCCGUUAUCUACAUCAUCAGCAAUGCACAAAUCCCAGUACAAGUUCCUGAAAAGUUCAUGCCAGAGCGCAGACAGUUCUCACGCUUGGGGUCUAGUCAUUGUGACUGCAGGGUGGGAUGGAAGAAUAAAAUCGUUCCACAAUUAUGGGUUACCAGUUUCUGAUUAACCUAUGGUGGUGUUGCAGUGCUUCAGAGAAUCAAGAUUGAUCCUAUUUGUUGGGAUUUUUAGGGCUCACUUUAAUGAAUUACCUGCUGCAAAAUCUGAUGUUGCGUAGCUGACCAAUUAGUCUUGAGUUUGACAUCAUAAAAAGUCGCCAGCUUCCUCAACUUUUGCCGAAAAUAUGCAGUGUAGAUGAAUGUUUGAGAUUUGGGGAUGGGCCCUUCUUGUAUCACGGGUGUACUAUAAAAGAAGCACAUAUGACAGGUGCCAACAGUUCUUUGGUUGUGAUGAUUAUGUAGCUUGGGAAGAGCAAGAGGCUGAGGUUAGCCUAUCUAGAUUCCCAGCUUAAUCAUACAAUUUGUUGAUAUUUUUUGCACGAGAAAUUUGUCUGCUCAGCCCAGUAAAAGAUGUGCAAGUCAUGUGAUAUGAGAGACCAAUUUGAGAUUCUCUCUCUUUAUAAUAUAGUUAUAGAGGUGCUUGUGGGACCUUUGUUUAACCUCCUCCUUUGGCUUGCUAAAAUGGGAGGAGGGAAUCCAGAGCUGGUGGUUGCAGUUUAUUUGGGAGAAAAAUGGUAGGGAACUCUGCCAUUAUAACUUGUUGGCCGAUCUGAAUGACUGAAUUGUUUGUCUGCCAUUUCAUGCUUCAUGGUAGGGUCGAUUUCACCUGCGCUUGACGUUGGGGUUGUAUUAAGCUUCAUCUUCAGUUGAAUGAUUUAUUUGAUUAGCCGAGUGCUUACGUAUGCUGAGUCCCUGAUUUGCUUGGUAGGGUUGAUGUCACCUGAGCUUGAUGGUGGGGUUGUUCUCAGCUGAAUGACUUGUUUGAUUAGCCCAGUGCUUGUGUAUAUGCUGAUUCCCCGAUUUGCAUGGUGAUUGGAUUUCCAGAUUAAAGCUUCUAGCCUUUAUUAUUUCAUGAUGCUGGCAGGCAGUUGACUAACUUUGAUCAUUGCUUGAGUGGUGAUCUUCCUCUCUUUUUUCUCCACUAACAGAAUUUUGUAAUACUGUAUCUCAUAAUUUUAUUCUAACAUCACUUAGAUUAGUUUUGAGGCUAUUUGUCUUCAGAAAAUCUAGAAGAAAUGCCCUCUGAGUUUAGCAUAUGCAAUUGUGGUUAUGUAAAUGAACAUAUUCAGAGGUUAAUUUUUCUUGUAAACUGUUGGGGGAAGUGGCCUGGAAAAUGAAAAUUGAUGAGCAUUUGUGCUCGGAUUGGAUGCCUGAUAAUUGUGUCUCUAUCUCAAGGACUAUGGCUAUCUCAGAGAGAGAUUUAUUACCAAAU